AUUCGGCAAACUACCAAAACCAAUAGAGCUACAGCAAAGCAGCCAGCGAAAUAAUGGUCAAACAUAAGUUUGUACUUUUCUUAUUGUUAUGGAUGUUUCUAGUUAAGGUUGCACUUGGGAAGAUUACUUUCUUCAUACACGUAGACAAUAUGAAAAGUACAGGAAAUAAACUCCAUGGCGGUGGGUGUUGUCAGGGUGUAACAGGUACUCACUGUACCAAGUUAUGUAAGCCUGUCCUCACUGUGUGUCUCAAAGACAACACCCAUACCUGUGUCUCUAGUUUUACCACAACCUUGGACAUGCGUCAACAGGAUGUCACAUACGGUUCAAAAGUUGGCAACACAACAAAUCCACAGUUUUUGGAAGUGGACAACUGGAACAAAUUCUCUGACAAGAUAGCAGUGGCAGUGCAAGAUAUGGGACCUUCUUUUACAGUACUCAUCUACCAGACCGAAUUUAUUAAUGCCCAUCUCAGAAUUGGAAACAACAUUCUGUCACAACACUGGCAACAGAAAAAAAUAGGAGCUGGUGUUUUCUCAUUACAGUUAACUUACAAAGCGUACUGUUGUGAGGGCUACUAUGGAUCAGACUGUACCGCUCACUGUCCUUGUAAUCCAAACAAGUGUGUGAUCAACGGGCAUACCUAUUGUAAAAUGGGUUGGCGUGGCACCAACUGUGACCAAGACGUUAACGAAUGUUCUACACACAAUUUCUGCAGUCAUGGUCACUGUACAAACACUAAUGGUAGUUUUCGCUGUACCUGUCCUCCCUCCGUGUAUGGUCUGAAGUGUCAACUUGAUGAGGAUGAAUGUUUACUGAAGCCAUGUAAUGGUGGAGAGUGCGUUAAUAAAGUCGGAAGUUACCAGUGUCAGUGUAAGACCGGAACUACUGGUAAAAACUGUGAAGCUUUAACGGCGCAUAAGUGCUCAACGACCACCUGCAAUAGGAAUGGAACGUGUAGCGUCCAAAAUCAAAAGCCUGUGUGUACGUGUGAUACAGGCUACUCUGGGACUGACUGUUCCGUCAGAGACUUCUGUAGAAACAAUAAAUGUCAACAUAAUUCUACUUGUGUUACCGGUGAAACAAACUAUAAAUGUCACUGUCAGAAAGGUUAUAUGGGUCAAUAUUGUGAAAAUCAGGAUUACUGUGCUAGCCAUCCUUGUCUUAACUCGGGAGUUUGUACGAACACGCCGACAGGAUACCAGUGCAAAUGUGUUCAUUAUUUUACUGGGACAACAUGCAAUGAGUGUAACUAUUGUGAAGGAAUUAAUUGCAGUAGUAAUGGUGUUUGUCAUGAGGUUGGGAAGGGUCGUCAUUGUUCUUGUAUCCCAGGGUAUACAGGUGCCGACUGUGAAAUCCGUGACUACUGCUAUAACAAGAACUGCUCAAACCAUGGAAACUGCAAUAACGAAAACAAUGAGUACACGUGUACCUGUAAUGGCGGAUACACCGGUAAAGACUGUGACACGCGGGAUUAUUGCUACAACAAAAACUGUUCUCACCGCGGUACUUGUCGUAACGGAAAUACAACAUAUACAUGUAACUGUACCGAUCGAUUCGCGGGUACAAACUGUGAAAAAGUAGAUUAUUGUAACAAUCAGCACUGUUCUAACCACGGUACUUGUCGUAACGAAAAUACCAAAUAUACAUGUAUCUGUAAUGCUGGGUACAUGGGGCGAAACUGUGAAAAAAUAGGUCAUUGUAAUAAUUUAUUUUGUUCUAACCAUGGCACUUGUCGUAAAGAAAAUACAACAUAUACAUGUAAUUGUAACCCUGGGUUCAUCGGUACUAACUGUGAAAAAGUAGAUUAUUGUAACAACCACCAAUGUUCUCACCGCGGUACUUGUCAGAACGGAAAUGCAACAUAUACAUGUAACUGCAUCGCUGGAUUCGCGGGUACUAACUGUGAAAAAGUAGAUUAUUGUAACAAUCAGCGCUGUUCUAACCACGGUACUUGUCAUAACGAAAAUACAACAUAUACAUGUAAUUGUAACCCUGGAUUCAUCGGUACUAACUGUGAAAAAGUAGAUUAUUGUAACAACCAGCAAUGUUAUAACCACGGUACUUGUCAUAACGAAAAUACAACAUACACCUGUAACUGUAGCGAUGGAUUCGCGGGUACUAACUGUGAAAAAGUAGAUUAUUGUAACAAUCAGCACUGUUCUAACCACGGUACUUGUCAUAACGGAAAUAACGGACAUACAUGUAAUUGUACCGUUGGAUACACCGGUACAAACUGUGACAAAAUAGAUUAUUGUAAGAACCACCGCUGUUCUAACCACGGUACUUGCCAUAACGGAAAUAACGGAUAUGCAUGUAAUUGUAACGCUGGGUACACCGGUACAAACUGCGAACAUUGCUUCAAUAACAGAUCUAAGAAUAGGGGUAGUUGUCACAGUGGAGUGUCAAACAUUACGUGUUGGCACAAUGUGAUUGCUCUGAUAUCUUUUGCAAUUCACAUUUGGUGGAAAUUUUAUUUUUGAUAUGUCAUCUAUUUGCUGUAUACUUUAUGUAGCUUUCAAUUCUGUACAAAUAUAUAUUAAUCAUUUGUAAUUUUGGGAGAUACAUAUAAGCAUAUUGAAACGCCAUUUGUAUUAUCUAACUAGCUGUUGGUCUGAUCCCCUAUCAAGCUUUGAAUAUAUUUUCUUUUUCUAUUUUUGUCAUUUUCGAUAACAUUUUUCAUAUUUAUAUUGGUGUUUAUUCAGUCGAUACUUAGUCAGAAAAAAACCAGAGCUGCAUUCAGAUAUUGCAGCAUGAGGAAGCAAAAACAAUUAUAUAAAUAAUUGCAUUUUUGUGUUGAAUGUUGUUUUGUGUAAAUACAAGUACGUAAUUAUACCAAGUUAUUUGUUUUAUGAUUAUUGAUUUUACUUUUGCCUUAUGUGACUGCCAUGAAUAUUCUUCCAGCUGGCUUUGCAGGUGGUAGGUGCUGUGUUAUGCAAUUCCCUCAUUCGUAAGUCGCUGCAGCUUCCCUGUAGACGGUAACACAAUUCCAAAAUGUUCCAUGGUCGACUCUUUCCUCUUCCGCCAUUAAAAAUCUCUUCAUGGUCAAAGAAUUGAUGCUGUCGGUACCUGACCAGUUAGUGCUUGGUCAUUCUCACUCAACCUACGCUAGUGAUGGCGGCGAAAAUCAUGCCACAACCGCCUCCACCUUCUUACCUUACUUGCAUUUAUACUUGUAUGUAUUAAUGUGAUUUGAUUUUUUUUAUGCUCGUUUUUAUCUUUUUACUUUAUACUUUGUGCAUUUUGUAUUUUUGUAUAUAUUCUACGAUUGUAAUUUUAGGGCAUCAGUAUAUGGAAAUACUACUUUGUAUGAUAUGACCACCUGAUCCCCAAUCAUGUUUUUGUAUAUUUUUCAUUAUUUAGAAUAAAUGACAUUUUUCAUCUCUA